AUGUCAUUUGACAAUCUUUUCAAUUAUGCUUAUGCUUUCGUGAUUCUCUCCUACAUUUAUAUGCUCCUCACAGUUGGAGUAGUGUGGAAAAUGUACAAGGUCUACUACGCAAAUAAAAUGAUUUUAAAAGCAAUUGUAGUUCAUCGAUGCCUGUUUCAGACUUUUAUUUGGAUGCAGAUUGCGAAUUUGCUAUUUUUCAUUUUCGACAAUAUAGUUUUCCGACUACCUUCAACAGGCUUCUUCACAAAACUCUGUGAUUAUCUGGCUCCAAGUCAUCUGUUAAAAGUUUUGUACAUGCUUCAAUUAUUUUCCAACUACAGUUCAAUUUACUAUUCAUUCUUGUUUUGUUUAACACGACUCAUCAUACUCUUUAUAACCGAAAGUCAUGAAAAGCACUCUAAUAAAGUUAUUUGCAAGAAACUCUGUUUUGUAUUCAUUCCCAUUACAUUGAUCACUCCAAUCAUUGCUGAUUUCUACAUGAUUCCGGCUCCUGGAGCCUGCCGUCCUCUCAAACCUCCUUAUCCACCAGGAGCCAUAUCCAUCUCAUACGGACCAAGUCUUUUCAAUGUUCAUUCCUUGAUUUUUGAUAUUUCUGACAUGUGUCCAUUUUUAGAUAAGAACUGA